GGGUGUGACUCCUCAUUACCCGCCCAGGUGGGUAUAUAUAGGGAAGCCAUGCGCUCUGGGGCAGACCAUUGGGAGGCUUCAGCAAAGCUGAAAUUACAGGUGAACCACAGUUUAGCACAGAUAUAGACCAUCUGACUACAAAGGUAGAAUAACCAACGCUAGCAUGGAACAACCAACUAUGAGUGAGGAUCAAUCAAUGUCAAGUGGGGAACAACAAUCCCCUAGUAAGGAACAGCUGUCUACAAGUGAAGAACAACUGGCCACAAGUAGAGAACAAUGUACCACAACCGAGGAACAGCCAUCUACAAGUGGGAUGCAACCAAGUACAAGCACAGAAGAACCAAAAAUAAGUGGAGAACAACUACCCAUAAGUUGGGAACAACCAUCUACGAGUUGGGAACAACCAUCUACGAGUUGGGAACAACCAUCUACGAGUUGGGAACAACCAUGCACAAGCACCGAACAGGUGGCCACACGUGGAAAACAGCUAUUUACAAGUGCUCGAGAAAGGAGGGACUGGAUGAUCCCCUUUCACUGCAAGUGCAGGCAAAAUGCCCAGGUGAAUAAGACAACUACGCUUGUAAAUCUGUUCCUGAAAAUACGUCCCACCAAAAGAUCCUCUGAGAUACCAAUCACCUAUUCAGGAAAGCGCAAGGGAGAACACCAGCUGAUAAAGAGAGGGAACCCAACUAAAAAUAAGAAUCAGCUAGAGCAGAAUAAGUAAUGCACCAUGUGCAGAGAGGCCUGGAGACCUACAACUAUCUCCUGCCUUUCCAGAGGAGCCUGCAGAGAAUUGGUGCAUCUCUAGGGUACACAGCUGGUGGGGUUGAAAUAAAAUCUACAAGAUGGAAAAGAGCUGUGUGUCUCUG